GACGGCCAAAGUGAAAGUGAAUAACAAGUUACGGAUUGUCUAUAACUCGCCUUCUCGUUACCUAUCUUUUACGUAGAGUCCUAGACUACCUACUCAACACCUCCCCCCCCCUCAACGCCCCGCGCUUUGUUGAGACCGGCAGCGGCAGCGGCAUUCAUUUUGGUUUAGUUUGGAUCGAAUUGUUUCGACGUGUGGUUGGUUGUGUGCGCAUUCAUAUCAAGUCAGCGUUGUUUUAUGCUUGGAUUGAACAAUGUCUUAUAAAAUAGUCCAGACUUGGGAAUACAAUAAACAUAGAUUGUUAGCAGUACCAUCAACAUGGGAAGAUAACAAUAUUCUAAAAUAUCCGAGAAAAAACAUUACUAAGUACUUGAAAAUUGGGACAUCAAUACCAGAACAUGACUGGAAACAAAUAAAAUGUGACGUUAAAAGAAGAGAGUUACCAAGCUACGAGACAGCCGAAUACGUCCUUCAAGAAAUGGUUAAUCAUACUGACACUGAAGAUGAUACCACCAAUUCAGCUACUUCUAAGCAGUCCAAACCUGAAUUAAACAUGAAUAUCAUCGCUGAUGACAUCGUGAAUCUAUACCCAAAUAUCCAGCAAAAUGUAAGAAAUACCAACACUUUUCAAGAAAGUUCUGUGACUUAUCAUCAUGACGUAGUAUUAAACCAGAAAAAUACAAAUGCUACAACAGUAGGACCAGCUGCAGAAAACUUAAACAGUGAAUUAUCCUAUGAGUACGUUAUACCCAUGUGUAGUAGUGAAACUAACGUGAAUGUAGAAAACUUAGAAACGCUCAUAACAGGUCAAAAUACACUCUUAACAAACCAAACAAAAAUAUUGGAGCAACUUAACUCUAUCCAGAAUGUACAAACUACUACGAUUCAGAAAAUAGCAUCAUUAUCCGUUCAAUUAGACCAUGCUAUGGUGCAAAUUAAUAACCAUUCCCAAAACUUACAAGUCACGCCAUUGAGCGCAUGCAAAUCUUAUCCAAGUAAUACAGCUUUUAACAUCAAGCCAAUUGAAACUGUUCAACAAUUGGAUGAAUUAGAACUGGAAUUGUCAAACAGUGCCAAUAGGCAACAAAAAAAGCAAUUGUACUCUGUUAUUUUCGCUGGUGGCAAAGGUAUUGAUUGUGCUUACACAUUAGCUGAUGUAUUAUUUUCGAGAAAGUUUCUGUGCCAAUGCUCUUGGAGUGGAGGCAGCCGGGGUAACAAUGAUGCUAAAAUAGCCUGGAAAGCUUAUAAAAACAUUUUGUCUUUUUUCUGGGAGAUGGUGCACACUUGGGAUAACAAAUACACAGUUUCACAUAAUGUCGAAUUUUUCCAAAGUAUUCUAAAAAAUGCCAAAAAGAGGAAUAUGGCUAAAAAAGAAAGAGCGUCUACAUCAAGGAAACGCACAAAACGAUCAAAAAACCAGUCUGUAAACGACGAAAUUGAAUCUGACGAAGAAGAAACAUCUGUAACAACUGCAAAAAAGGCUAAAAUAGAGGAAAAACAAGUAGAAAAAAAUGAAAAUAAUGACGAAAUUUAUUUUAAGCAAUAUGUUGACAGAAGAGGCGUAGUUGAAGAAGAGAUAGAAGAAAAAGGGAAUGAUGAAGAAAACGCAAAGACUUCAGACUCUAUAAUUGAAGAAAAUGAAUGCAGUGUCGACGAAAAAGAUCAUGAAAGAAGAAAUGAUUACGAAACUUCAGAAAAUGUCGUCUCUAAUAUCGAUGAAAAUGAAAACACGGAGGAAGAAGACGAAGAUCACGAAAGAGAGGGAGAUACUACAAAUGAUAAAGAAAGUACAAUAGAAUUAGAUGGACCUUUAGAAAAAAAUUACAUCACUCAAAAUAAAAUUGAAGAGGAGCAAGAAAAUAACAAAGAGAAGAUGAAUUAUCCCAACUCAAAUAUCACAAAAAAUAAAAUAAAAAACCUCGAUGAGAGAGAAGACAAUGAAAAGAACGCUUUCAAGAAAAAGAAAGUUCAAAAAAGUGCAAUUUUUAAAGAAAAUGCUAACACGUAUAAUAAAACUGAGGAAGAGAAAAUCGAUCACAAACAAGAUGAAACUAUUGAUAACGAAAGCGAAAAAACAACAAAAGAAAAUUUAGAUCCGUUAAAGGAAAUUAAUGAAGAAAAAAAUUACGAAAAGAAAAAUGCAGAAGUUUCGAACACAUUAAACGUAAAAAUUGCUGAAAAGAAUGAUAAAUUGGAAGAAAAGGGAAAAAAAAGAUUUGAACUCAAUAAUAGGAGAAAUUGAAAAAGAGGAUAAAGAUAGGGAAAAAGAAAAAGUACAUGGUACAAUAAAACCACCAACAAAGAAAAUAAAAACAUCGUGGAAAAUCAGAAAAAACAAAAGAAAGGAGACAGGGGAUCACACUCCAAAUCUAAAAAAUACAUGAAAAAUAAAAAUUGGAAGGAAGAAUCAUAACUAAAAGGGAAAAGUAGACUAAACUACCUAUUUCCCCGAAGGAUUUUGAUUUUAGAAUGUCUUAAUGUUAAAUGAUUUUAUUAGUUCUUUUUUAUUUCUAGCCUGGAAUGUCCCAUUUUUUCCUUAUACCUUCAAAAAGUUUUAUUUUCUAAGGAUUUUGAUUGGAAAUUUUUAUGAUUGUAAUUAUUUUUUUAAGGUGUUUUUUCGACAAGGUAGUACUUCAACCGGGGUAGCCGCGCACUAAACUGAACAACUUUUCCGCGCCGGAAAAGUUGUUCAUUUUCAUGGGCAGGUUCACCUCCUUUCGGAUUGAUAAACCCUUUUUGUUACGCGUUGUAUAUGCAGUAUCUUUGUCUUAGUUUAUUAAACUUGUUUUGAUCAGACUAGUGAAUCUAGUGAUAAGAUAUUUUGAAUAAAACCACAAUUAUUUUUAAAA